GUCGUAGUUUACUUUCCCAAAAAAUUGAAAAAGAAUAAUCUUCAUUAAAACCUCACAGUUUGUAUACUGUGAUGGCCAGGCUUCAUAGGGCAGGUGCUCCAGAGGUGAUACGAUCCAAUCAGAAGGAUGAGUACUACACACACUAUCUCAGAGCAAAUCUUGCUGAUUUAUUUCAGUCUGCUUUUGGUUCAAGCUUGUGGAUCAAGUGGCGCCAAGAACUUGAUGUCAUCGCAGAUCUCACAUAUUUUGGUCUUACAACUGUCACAGGUCUCCAAACACUGGGAGAAGAAUAUGUUAACAUUGUGCAAGUAGACAGUACAAAGCGAGCCAUUCCAUCAACCUUGAGGAGAAUUAGCUUAGUGUUACUCCACAUAGGGACUCCAUACCUCCUGGACAAGUUAUUGCAGUAUUUAGAAAAACAACUUAAGAACAAUACAUAUAAGCUCAGACGUGAAGCCAAAGAAGGCCUAUUGAAGCUGAUUCCAAUGGUGAGACAGACCAUCACAUUCCUACAUAGAUGUCACCUGGGUGUGUUCUACAUGAGGGAGGUCUUCUAUCAUAUUGCUAAGAGACUCACCGGUGUCCAGUAUUUAUUGGUACGGAGUGGCAUAAUGAAUGAAGAUGAGAGGCCAAGUUUCCGUAUCCUGGGUUAUCUCUCCAUUAUUCAGCUAGUAUAUGCUAUAGCUAGGGGUGGCUACACACUCUGGACUACACGACACAACGCUCCUGAACUUGAAAUGAUGGAAGAAAGUAAAAUCAGUGAAGGUGACUUUAUGACAGAAGGUCCCAUUGCAGCUGAGCUGAAGUGUUCUCUGUGCUUAGAAGCAAGGCGCAACUCUACUGCCACACCCUGUGGCCAUAUGUACUGCUGGAAUUGUAUUACAGAGUGGUGCACAACUAAGGCGGAGUGCCCGAUGUGUCGAGAAAAGUUCCAGAUUUCCCGUCUGAUACCUCUCCAGAACUAUGAUCCAACGUAACCUUCUGCAUUAUAAUGCUCACUAUUGAAGCUUAUACAAUGGUGCCAAUGGACUUCAAAUCAUUCCAAAUAAUAUAUAAUACAUGCAUCCUAAAUCUAAAAAUAUUUUAGGAGCCUCUGAACUUUUACAUUGAAAUUUAUUAUCCCACCUUACGAAGUUCGAGGGGGAUAUAG